AUUCGCCUCCAUUCCUCUCUUCCGGAUCAAAGCCGCGCUCCAAUCUCCUCCCGCCGCACCGCCGUCAUCCGAGCUCCAGACGGCCUCAAGGCGGACCUUCCUCCCACGCCCAACAACACAUCUGCCUGCGAGGAGGCAACAAGAAGAGGCUAGGAGAUCCAGAGGCCAUGGAGAGCAAGCACCCGACGGCGGCGGAGGCGGCGGCGGCUGGUGGAAAGGGGAUCCGAUCGCCUCGAGUUCAUCACCGGCCAUGCCCGCGGCCUCCCUUCCGACGAUCACCGAUCUACUAAAAUGCUAAAGCAUAUAUUAUGGCUUCUUAAGCAUUAUGCCGUUUUACAGCUUCACCGCUUAGUUCUACUGCUUCAUCACAGCUAUUCAAAGGUGGCAUUGGUACUGAGAAGUUGAGCCAUUUGGAGAAGUCAGAACCCAGUGCCUGCUCCCCGAAAUUCAGCCAACUGAUGGGUCCUGUCAAAAAUACUCAACCAUAAAGCCCAUACUAGCAAGAAGACCUUCUCCAGAUAUUGAAGACAAACAGUGCAGUUCCUGAAAUCCAGCGAGUCUGAACUGCCAUUGCGAAGGUCUGAUGAUGAAACUCUCAGCAAUAAGACUAGUAAUAAUGGAUCAGCAAGUGUUCAGUAUCGGAGGGAGAUGGGAACGAAACCGGAUUGGUGUCUCAAACCUGUCUAACCAAUCAGGGGUUUUCAGCUUCUUUGGGAACUCGGAAGGAACUCCUGGAUUUUACUCCGCACAAAAUGAUCCAGGCUGCAUCAGCGACAGAAUAUAACCGCCUUAUAGCAUCUGUUGCCAUCACGUUUCUGGUGGUUCUUCAAAAUGGGGACUAAAUAUCUGUGGCACUAUCACCAGAAAAUUAGUUAGUACAAUAGCACUCCUCUUUCUUACUAUUAUAACCAACAUAACCAUCGUCAUGUCCUUGUUGAUGGAGAACAUGGAUCCCAAUGCGAGGGCCGAGGGUCAGGAUGGCUGGUAGCAACAUUGGUUCUGCGGAUUGCUUAGGAUUAAUGUUGGAGGUAGGUUUUCUGCUAUAGAAAUAUGUGGGGGCUCUGCUGAUGGACUGCGGUGUUUGCGCUGUCAUCUUGAUCUGUUUUCUUGGAAUUUAAAUUGUAGCUUUCUCCUACUCUUUUUUUUUUGAGAGAGAAAACUGUAGGACAGGCUCCGGUAGUGAUUUUAGUAAACGAAAAAUAUAUAUAUGAUAUACAAAAUAAGGGGAAAAGAACCCCAGGGACACAAGAGGACACAGAACACAACAAACAGAGGAGGACCAACCAAACAGGAAGAGUUAAGUUACAGCAUCAAUCGACUCCAGCCAUUCAGCAAUGGCAGGCCUAAUAGCCACCUUAAACCUAGGAAGGUGAUACAGCAAUUCAUGCCUGAAGCCGGCAAGCUAGCGAUUAACAGGAGGAGGUUCCCAAUCAAAGACUAACUCAUUGUGCUGCUUCCAAAUAUGGCGUGCAGCACAACUAAAAAUUGCCAUGAAACCAGGCCCUCGGAAAUUAUUCCUGGCAGAAAUGAUCCUGUCCUUGUGAUCAUCCGAAGGCACCCAGUGAAUGCCAAUCUUUCCCAGCAGCGAACACUGAAGGAGCAACUGAAGAAAAGAUGGCAGCAGUAUUCGAGCAAUCCAGCAGCACAGAGACGGCAAGGCAAGACGUUUAAUCUUUACAGUGCCUCCUAUCCAUCAUAUCAAAAGUGUUUACCCGAUCAUUAAGCAAAAGCCAAAAGAAAACCUUGAGUUUUGGAACACAUUUACUCUUCCAAAUCCAGCCAAGAACUCUGUCCGGAGGAAGAUCCUUGAAACAAAAGCCAUGGAAUCUCUUGGAUGAAAAAGAAUUCACAUCAUUACUGCAGGACAAAGAAUCGCUCUCUGAGUCAAACCAAAUCUAAAGAGUAGAUAUUAUCACAUAUUUCUUGAAACUCAUGAAAAGCUUCAGCCGAGAGAGGGAGAUUGGAAAGAGCCAACAGGUUCUCCGAAUCCUUCACAUCUUUGACAGAGAGCCUCUCCGACUUGGCAAAAGAGUAACAUCUAGGAAAGCGAGGGGCAAGACACCAUGCGCACAGUCAUCUCCCCAGAAUAAAGCAGACCUGCCAUCUCUAACUUGUAACUUUCAUGUUGAUCUUGUUCCGUGGAUUCUGAGGAAUUUAAAUAUAUCGCGGAGAUGUUUGUAAAAGUUACUUUCUUGUCUAAGGAAAAUGGGGUAACAUAAUCCACCACACGCGUUGUACAGUUCACUGUGUUGAAGUUAAAACAGGUAAAAAAAUCUUGGAUGAUCUCAGGGCAGUGCAUAUAUCUGUGAUGAAACCACAUGAUGGUAAAGCUGUUUACUCGGUUUCUUUCAUUAUGGGUUAUGGCACGUGAGCAACCAAAUCAUGCAAAUCUUGUUACAGUGUGGAUAUCCUCACUCCAUUGAACGUCGAACACACGAUCCAGCACCUGCGUAAUGAGAUGGAUGCGACGGUCUCUACUGUUGAAUGCCGCGCUAAGCUAGAGAAGGCGAUCAAUGCAUGCUACAACAAAUACCUUAUGGGCUGAUGUCAACAUGCCUUGGAGGAAAUCGUAAGGACAAUGAUGCCGUUUUAUGUUUGUGGCAUACAAAUUAAUGCCGUUUUAUCUUUUGAACAAACAUUCAUCGUAUUUUUUAACUUGUUUGUCAAACGCAUUUUAGUUGCUAGUUGUUGUUUUGAAUAGUUUCUUGGUCAAAAUCUCUUGAACAAAAGCCAAGCUGAUUCCCAUGUUUGAGCAUUGAGUACAGAGCUGCAAUUGCAUCUCAAGAUCAGCAUAUGGCUAUAGUGUGUGAGGAUGCGUAUUGAUUGUGGUUGCCUCAUCUUCUACCUAAAUGUUCCACAAGAUGUGUGGUGGGUAUCUCAUUUAGGAUUGCUAAGCUUUGUGCAGGGAAAUGUUUCCUCAAUUGCUCAAAAUAGUCUUUCUGACUGCCUAUUGAGGGAAUGGUUUCCUCGAUAUGUUUGGUUAAGUUCAGUGGAAAUAAAUUCCAUUUGCUGAAUAAGAUAGUCCACAUUUAUCACCAGAAUCCUAAAUGGUUAAGGAUAUAAACCAUAAGUUGAUUACCAGGAGUGUAAUCAAUGGGACAUCAGCACAACUUCCAUUUCCGGCUCUUUUAGUCUGAUCCCAUGCAGAGCUACAGGCCCUCUUCUUUCCAUUUGGCAUUGUCUAUUCGUUUCAUUUAAGAUUGUUUAUUCUAAGUUGUAGUCCACCCUAGAUUUUUUUAUUAUUCACCAGUGCCGUUAAUUUCAAGCUCUUCAUGCUGUUAUAUUUAGAGAUCUCUUACAUUUAGCCUUCAAUUCAUUACAUUCCUUGUUUUAGUUCAAAGGAAGAAACUGUAUACUUUGUUUUUCUUCUUUGACCAAACCACACCAUGUAUUUGUUCCUGAGAGGCAUCCGUCUUGUUCUUUGUUGUUAAUUACAGGAUCUGUCAUCGCAGGUAAAAAUGGCUUCUUUCUCAUGCUCAGCUCCAGCGUGUAUCCUUUCUGCCAAUUCCUAUUUAUCCCUUCCUUUGAUUUUUCCAUUUGUUUUCUUGAUCAGUGCUCAGGGUCAAGAUUGCCCUCUAGUCACGUGCAGAUAUUUCUCUGCCAACAGACUGAGCAUAAGACACGUUCUCAAUUUCUGGGUGCAUAUAGACAAUCUGAGAUUACGAAAAGUGCUGUUGGAAGUCGUUGAGGACAUAUUUCGGUUGUCGUAGAUGUCGUAAUAUAUCUCGUUACUGUUGUUGUGUGUCUAAUGAUAUGGCAAUUCGCUAAAUCUCUUGUAAUCUCCAGUGCUCUAGUGCUCAGUUCUGUUGGUGCAAUCUUUUUCUGAGCAUAAAUACAUUUCCGGUAUCUUCAGUGAUCUAGUGCUCGGUUCUGUUGAUGCAAUCUUUUUCUGAGCAUAAUUACAUUUCCGGAACCCGUCAAUGGAUUCUUUGUUCAACGACAGAGCCCUAACACCUAAAUGGCAGAUCUACCGCAAAAACCUACGACAAACAACACAUCCACGUUCCGGAUGUCAAAUACUAAAAGACGAAACACCUCAAGCCGUAAUAGGAAAUGUCAUCGACACCCAUCCUCGCGCGUGAUUGAAAACUUCCGGAUGUCGGAUACUAAAAGACUUGCCACGGACGCCGCGAGCAGCUUUGACAGAAGUUUCUGGAAUAGUUUCUCUGCAAUCCAGACAAGAAUCAAUAGUUGAGCAAAUGACAUAAAUAAACAGUUGUCGCAGAAAAAUAUAUACGGAGUACUUCAGAAACCAACAUUGUUCCUAAUUUUCGGAAUAUAACCCAUAGGAUAGCCACGUGGCGGCGUGUGGGUUGCUAGACUGGUAGCCGCUUUACAUGUGUGGAUCGCGUAUAGAGCUCGAGUGACCGAUUCCUGUGGUAGAUCAACUUCUAAUAGCUAGCCAGUGAUCGAUCUAUAUACUACCGCUAUGGAUGGACUUGGCCGCGAGAAGCGCGCGCCCGGUCAUCAAGCCGUUGUGGAUUACUGCAAUAUGGGAUUCGAUAAGAUCGAUCAACCUAUAUGGAUAAGAGGUGCCAGCCGAUCGAGCUAUAUACUCGCGCGCGAAGAGAAUUCCAGCCAAAGAGGUGUACCGUGUCCGUAUAGCUUGGCAUGGGAGAGGAUGAGGAGCAGAGGAAGAAUGGCAGCGAUGUGGAUGAGGGGAGGAAGAAGAAGAACAAGUACGCCGUGGCCUGCUCCAUCAUCGGCUCCAUCAUCUCCAUCCUCAUGGGCUACGACACGGGCGUGAUGAGCGGCGCGAUGCUGUUCAUCAAGGAGGACCUCAAGACGAACGACACCCAGGUACAGGUCCUGGCGGGGAUCCUCAACGUGUGCGCGCUGGCGGGUUCCCUCACCGCGGGCCGCGUCUCGGACCUCGUGGGCCGCCGCCGGACCAUCUCGCUGGCGGCCUGCAUUUUCCUGGCAGGCUCCGUCCUCAUGGGCCUCUCCCCCAACUUCGCCACGCUCCUGGCCGGCCGCUGCGUGGCCGGCGUGGGCGUCGGCUACGCGCUCAUGAUCGCGCCCGUCUACGCCGCCGAGAUCGCCUCCGCCGACAUCCGCGGCUCCCUCACCUCGCUCCCGGAGAUCUGCAUAAGCUUCGGGAUCCUCAUCGGCUACGUCGCCAACUACUUCCUCGCCAAGCUGCCGCUCGUCUACGGCUGGCGCACCAUGCUCGGGCUCGGCGCGCUCCCGAGCGCCGCGCUCGCGCUCGGCGUGCUCGCCAUGCCGGAGUCGCCCCGGUGGCUCGUCAUGCAGGGCCGGGCCGACGAGGCGCUCGUCGUCCUCAACAAGGUGUGCGACGACGGAGCCGAGGCUGAGGUCCGGCUCACCGAGAUCAAGGCCGCCGCUGGGGGCGGCGGCGGUGGCAGUGGGAAGGGCGUGCUGAAGGAGCUGUUCGUGCGCCCGACGCCGGCCGUGCGGCGCAUCCUGGUGGCCGCCCUGGGCGUGCAUUUCUUCCAACACCUUACGGGCAUCGAGGCCGUGGUGCUCUACAGCCCCCGGAUCUUCAAGGCGGCCGGCAUCGCCACCCGCAAUGAGAUCCUGGCGGCGACCAUCGGCGUCGGGGUCACCAAGACGGUGUUCAUCAUGACGGCCAUCCUGCUGGUCGACCGCGUGGGGCGGCGGCCGCUCUACCUGUCCAGCCUGGCCGGCAUCGUGGCCUCGCUGACCUGCCUCGGGCUCGGCCUCACCGUCAUCGAGCGGGCGGCGUCGUCGUCGUCUCCGGCGCCGGCGUGGGCGGUGGCGCUGGCCAUCACGACGGUGUUCGCCUUCGUGGCGUCCUUCUCCGUCGGCGUGGGGCCCAUCACGUGGGCAUACAGCUCCGAGGUGUACCCGCUGCGGCUGCGCGCGCAGGGCGCCAGCGUCGGCGUCGCCACCAACAGGAUCAUGAACGCCGGCGUGUCCAUGACGUUCGUGACGCUGUACAAGGCGAUCACCAUCGGCGGGGCCUUCUUCCUCUUCGCGGGGCUGGCCGUGGUCGCGGCGGCAUUCUUCUACUUCUUCUGCCCGGAGACGCAGGGCAGGCCGCUGGAGGACAUCGAGGAGGUGUUCAGCACCGGCUGGCGCGCGCGGCAGCGGCACCAUCGAUCGUCGUCGUCGGUGCCCGACGACUGCAAGGGACGGCCAUGAUCCACACACGAGAUCUGCAGUUCCCGGCGCCGUAGAUUCUCUCUAGCUAGGGCAUUAUGGACUAAUUACGUUAAGUUAUUUUUUUUAUUCCCUCAGUCCGAAAUUAAUUGACAUGGAUUUGUAUAAGAAUUUAUACGAGUUUUCU